AUGAUAUCAAUUUUCAUCGAUGUUUAUCCGGAUUUAAAUGGAAUUAUUUCUGAUAAAUCUCAAAAAUCGAUUCUUAGUGGUAUUGAUUUUGAUGAAACAUUGGCAUUUGCCAAAUGUUUAAAAUAUUUCGUGGAUGUAGCAGAAUUGUUAAGUGAAGAAAAAACUGCUACAAUUCAAUUAGUUUUACCACUUAAACAACGUCUUAUUAAAUUAUCUAAACUAGAUCCAAAUGAUCCAGAUUCAAUAAUCAAAUUGAAAAAAUAUAUUGAGAAUGAAAUUCCAAUAUAUUGGGAACUUGAUGAUAUCCACUAUAUGGCUGCUGUUCUGCAUAAAAAGAUGAAAUAUUUACAAAUAUGUCCAAAUAAAGAUAAAAAGAAAGCUUAUGAUUUAUUAAAAAAGGAAAUUAAUAGACGACAAGAAUGUUUUGAUCAACUUUCUACAAGUGCUAGCGUUCCUGAUGCUAAUGAUAAAUUAAAACGUUACUUACAAGCUAAUGAUAGUUUAAGAGAUGAUGAAGAUUUAUUCAUGUUUUGGAAACGACAAAAAGCUUUUUAUCCAACACUUUAUUCAAUAGUAUGUGAAAUUCUUAUAAUUCCUGCUACAAAAACAGCUGCCGAACGUUUAUUAUCUGCUAGUGGCAACACAAUUACUAAUACUCGUACACGUCUGUCGGCAGAAAAAGUCAACAAACUUAUGUUUAUUAAAAAGAACCUAGUUAUAUUGAAGAAGAUUUUUCCUCAAGAUGUACACUUAAAUCAUUUUGAUACUCAUGGUAGUCAUGAUGGGUGUGGACGUGGGUGGAUGUGA